AAUUAGUAUAAAAAGAGAUGAAUCUUAACAUAGAAAUCAUAAUCAAUUUUGUUCAUCUAAAAUUAAUUAGAAAAACAAUAAUUAACUGAAUUUAUCGAAAAUGAUCAAGUUCCUCGUUAUCGCUUCAAUCCUCGUUCUUCCAGCUCUCAUUGUCUCAGCCGAUGAAAGUGGUGCCGUUACCGAACCCAUUCCCUUGUUACUUUGGGCCGCUGCUGAUCCUGAAGAAGACUCUCAAGCCGCUAAAAUCAAAGCCGGUACUUUCUACAAAUUCACCGAAAAACACCGAGAAGAAUUCCUCAAAUACUACAACAGUAAUAACAUCAUUGGUGCUACUCUUUUCUUGAAGAAAAACGCUGAAGAAUCAGGAACAUCCGGAGUUAUCUGGACUGCCGUUUUCGCAAAGAUCUUGGCAAAAAAGGUCACUGGACAAACCGAGGAAAAGGAACACGGAGUCCCCUCUCUAGCUGCUUGGGCUGUUCGAAACACUGGACCAGGAACUUCAUUGGCCUCUGUUGAUCGAGAAACUUUAGUCUCCUACAUUUUGGACCAUAAACAAGAGAUCUUGAAAUUCAUCUACUCCGGUGAUGUCGAUGGUUUAGUUAAUUAUCUCGAAUCAAGUAAAUCAGAAUCAGGAUCAAAGGACGUCGACUGGAAAACUGUAAUCACCGAUCUUAAGGAUAAUCGAAAUUUAUUCAAAUACGCUUGUGGAUUAUUGGACCUUCAAUUGUGCGAUAAUCUCAAAAACUAAUCAAUUGUAACAACUAAUCGACAUUCAAUGAAUCAACAGAAUUCACGCUAACAUCAAAAAUUAAAAUGGUACAAUCAAAUUAA